UCCCCCCACUCUUCCACUGCGUAGACGCACCUGGCGCCCAACCGUCGGCCGAAUCGGGCCCUCCAGCCGAGCACCCUAAUCAAAAUGGCCUCGCACCGGGCCCUGCAAUCGAUCCGCCUUGUAAGGACGCAGAAUGACUUGCUAUACUGCUCGACGCCCAAUGUCAUUCGCAGCCGCGGGGGGCCGCCACUGGGAAAUCGAGCGCGGAGAGCGGGAGAGUGCUGCGAGGAGCGAGGAGCUCCGCGCUUCCCUGCGGGCGGCCUGGCUCGUGGGGAGGGUGAUGGAGACGAGAAGGCGCGGGGCGGCGGGAGGCUGGAGGUUGGCUUCGGUCGUCCUCGAAGGCGCAAGUCGCGCCAGCCAUUGCCUCUGGACGGGUGCCGCCUCCACGGGAAACGACAGCCAGGGUAGGCCUCUGGGCCACGAGAGGGCCCAACAACUCAAUGCGAGAAACACGAGGAGGAGACGGAAAGACGAGGAAGAGGAAGGGGCGGGAUGAGUCUAAGGAGCGAGAGGCCGGGCGGAGACCAAAAUUCUCCGUGGACCUCUCUGUCGAAUUUGGUGGGCGCGCAGCCCUGGCGUCGUGGCGCGAUGAACGGCUCGGACUGUCGGUCGCGCUGUGUGCCUUCGAGAUGUGCCCAACAUCGCGCACGCGAAAUCCCCAAAAGAGUCCUGCGCUGGCUUCGCGCUCGAGAGGAGCAGCGAACCCCGUGCCAAAAACGUAUGGGCCAGCACAGGCACAGAGAAAACGAUAAAGAUGGGGGGUCAUAUAUCCGAACGCGCCCAGCAAACGCCUGGGAGCGCGAGAGCCGUGAAUGACCACGAGCAGCGGCCCGCCCCCCCCCUGCGCGCAGGACCUCCCAGUCCGGAACACCUGGGAGCACAGGUGACGG